AUGUCAAAUGUGCGGUGGGCAGUCGUUUGUGAUAAAAAAAGAACAAACAGUGAACUUGAUGAUAUUAUUGUUGAUAAAAUAAUGUUGAUGCUUGAGCUUGGAGAAAUGGAAAACAACAUGAAAGACGAAAUGUGCGAAUUAUGCAAAAAAGAGAGAAGAAAACCAAGAAAAUCAUCAAUAAAGAAAAAGACAAAGAAUCAAAAUCAAAUAUUUGCUCAAAUUUUCGAUCGAAAUCAAACAAGUGUCGAGCCUUCUAAAGUUGGAAAUGAAUUUGUUGGAGGAACUCAACAAACAACCCCCAAAAUUGAUAUCGGAAAAUUGAAUUGGACGGAAGCCAGCUUCGAUAGGCAUUUGAAAUCUGUCGACUUAUCUAAAAUUACAGUCAGUGAGUUGAAGAAAAUUCUAGAUGAGAAAAUUGAGGAAGAAUCAAAUUGCCCUGCUGGCAGUUUUCAUGAUGCUAGCAAAGGCUGCGUCUCAGUGAAACAUUUGCCAUCCGUGUCUGAAAUUCCCAAUAAAAAUGACAUUAAACCUAGUCUUAAUAAACCAAUGGAGCAAACAACGAACCAAAACAUUGAUGAAGACAUUAUAAACACAAUUUUAAAUCAAUUUAUGAGUUCUUCAAAAAUCAAUGAAAAGACUCAUGCGAAAAACAUUGAAAAUGAUUUGACGAGUUUAAGAGAAAAACCGACGAAAGCCUCAAAUAUUGAAGCGAAUAAAAAGAAUGAAAAUGACAACAAUAAAAAUUUACAAAUCUCUCGGAACGUCGCUUCGAAGAAAGAUAAAUUUAUGGAAAAUUCUGAAAGUUUUGGUGCUAAUCAGGCUGGUGUUGUUACCGAUUCGAAAACACCUGCACUUAAAAGAAAUCUGAAUGAAUUUAAAUUUCCAUACGACAAAUUAGAAGAAAUUUUUGAAAUGAUUUUGAAUCAGAAUAUCGAAAAUGACUUAAGAAAUCAAAUUGAAGGAAAUUUCCUGAGAGAUAAAAUUUCGAACCAGAUGUAUGACGAAUUUCCUUCGUCCAUCAAACUCAGCAAUAGAAAUACCGAAAAUCUUGAAGGAAAUGAAGAAUUGAUCCAAACGAUAAAAAACUUGUCACAGCUAACUCAACCUGAAGGUAUCGAAACUGACAUGAAGAUUGAAAAAACGGAAGUAAAUUCAAAAGCCCCGGAAAUUGUCAUGAAACUUUCUCCAAAUUUUGAUGUGACUGAAAAUGAUGCACCGAAUUUAGCGAUGAUGUUGUCGAGGAUUUAUAAAUCCGAUGAAAAAAUGGAAACUUUAAACAGUCAGGAAAAUCUCAAGACCACAUUUAACAAGAAUGAAAAGUUUAAUCUCGAUAAACUUCAACCAAAUAUUCCAAAAACUACAACAGAACCAUUCGAUAUGAAUUUAAUGACGAAACUUUCUCAACAGGAAAUUUCAAAUAAAAAUGAAAAAAUGUUUUCUGAAACAAAAACUUCAGAACUGAAUGAAAAUGCAGAAGAAGAAAUUGAAAAUAACAAGAAGAAAAUGCAAAUAGAAAGCACAAAUGAUGGUGAAAAGCAAAUUAUCUCUGAAUUUAAGUCACCACAAAACAAUUCUGUUGUUAAUGAACAUCAUUCUGAUUUAGAUUUAAACCAAAUGACCACUGAGAACAUUGCAAAGAUGUCAUUGACUUUGUCUGCUCUUAAUUCCACUCAACCAAGCCAAAAUAAUGGAAUAGAAGAAGAAAAUAAUUCUGAGUUCAAUGCCAAAAACGCAAAAUUAAGCUCGAAAGCAACAGAAGACAAUUUGAAAAACAUUGAAAGUUUAAACACAUCCUCAAGUGAUGCCAGCGCUUCCUUAAAAGACCCUCAAAUCAAUGAAGGCAAACUUGCUUUGCUGUUGAAUGUGCUUAAAAACAAACCCCUAGAGGCUUCAAUCAAACAUUCAACUCCAUCAGGUUUAUUAAAACAGAAUUCAAUGGAGAAUUCCAAUGAAAUUGACGUGAUGAGAAUAAUCAAAGACCAAAUUGAAAUUCAAUUAGAAAACCUCAAUAGAACGAUUGAAGCAAGCAUGAGCUCAAAUAAUAUUUCAGACAAUUCAUUUUCUCAAGAACCACAAAUAAUUGAAGAAUCAUUUCCAAUUAAUGCAACAAUGAAACUUCCUGAACAAUCGAAACUGAAUGAAAGUUUAAGAAUGAAAAUGAGUUCGGCUGCAAAUGGCUCAGAUCUGCAGUUUAAGAAUGUUUCCACCUCAUUUGAGGAUUCACAAAAAGAAGUCGGUGAAGGCACUUCGGAUUUUAAAACAACAACAGAAGCUAAUUACGAAUUGCCAAUGGAAACUUCAUCUGUUCACUCAAUGAUGCGAAGAAGUGUUCGUAUGGAUGAUUCCCCUGGUGAAACGACAACUUUAUUGAAUGAAACCACAACUUCACCUUUAGUGACAACUGCUUCACAUGUCGAAACAACAAGUGCACUAUUGGAAACCACAACAUUACUUAUUGAAGCAACAACUGGAAGUUCAGAAGCAACGACAUUUUCACCUUCUAAAAAGACAUUGUCACCUACGGAAACAACUUUACCUGCCGAUACGACAGCAUCACCUAUGGAAACUACGACCAGAAAUUCAGAAUCAACAACUUUACCUGCCGUUACGACAGCAUCACCUAUGAAAACGACGACUAAAAGUUCAGAAGCAGCGAUAUAUUCACCUGCUGGAACUUUACCUACAACUUUACCUGCCGGAACAGCAGCAUCACCUAAAGAAACGGCAACAUUGUUGACUGAAGGAACAACUUCAUCCACUGAGAAAACAAGUUCGCCCAUCGAAACGACAACUUCAUUUGUUAAAACAACAUCUGAGUAUUCAGAAACAACAACAACGAGUAGAAGUUCAGAAGCAUCACCAGCUGCAACAAGUUCAGUAGCAGUUACAAAUGCACCUACGAUAGAAACAAUAAAUCAACCACCGAAAGGUUUAAUGGCAAGUUUAUUUGAAGCUGGUAAAGAAAUUUUAAAAACAAAGAAGAAAUUGUUCGCAAAUAUAUUUCCUGGAAUUUUCGCUAAUGACGUGCUUGAAGAUGAAGUUGAACAUAACGAUGAAGCGAGAAGAAAGUUGCCGGAGAUGUCUUACGAGUCUAUUGAAGGUAAGACAUUGUCGGACGUGGUUGAUGGUAUCGAUAAGAAAAUAUCAGAAGCUUCAAACUCAAAUGAAAUUUAA